CUCUGCGGAGGGGUUUUUUGGGGAGCACCGGAGGCAUGCUGGCAGGUUGCAUGUGGUUCUUACCUGACCAUCUGGACCCCGCAACGCUGCGCUUGGUCAAAUGGACCUCAAUCUGGAAUACUGGCAGAGCAACGGGAAGACUUUCCUGAGCAGACUGCGCCUUUGGUUGAGUAUUCUAGACCCUACAUUCAUCCUGUCAUCUGAUGCUGAUAUUGAGAAAGCUCGCUCUCUGCUCAGGAGUGAGGAGAAGGAACAGAAGAAUGGAAAAGUUGAUGAUGCAUGGCUGCUAUCUCUAUCAUCUUUCCAUACUGACACUGGAUCAUUGAUUUCCCCCAUCUUUCGACCUCAAGCCUACAUGCCUAUAUCAUUGCCUUUGGUUUUAGCAAGUUUUAUGCCCCAUAAAGGAGUCAAGCCCACCUUGUUCUGGCAUUUUUUGCUUCAGAGUUACAGUGCAGGGUUCAACCAUGCCAACAGGAAUGCAACAGCUACAUCGGAAAAGAAAACGACACUGAAUCAGUCCCUUCUCAUCACUGGAACAGUUACUUAUGCAGCAGUUGCAGGGGCCCUUCCUCAAAUUAUACUCUGGCACCUGCAGGCCAUCAGUGCUGCAGCUCAGGUCUUCUGUAGGUCGGUGCUCCCCAUCCCACUGUCAGCUGGUUUGGCUGCCUUCAGUGUGUUGGUUGUGAGAAGUGAGGAAUCGGAGAAUGGAAUACAGAUUUUUGAUUCUAAUGGGAAUUCUGUUGGUGUCUCAAAGGAAGCUGGAGCCAAGGCUGUAAAGGAAACUGCUAUAUCUCGAGCAACCCUGUUUGGUACAACGACCACAGUCCCUAGCUUGCUGCAUUUCCUUCUUAAGAGGGCAAAGUUCAUGCAGAGGAACCCAAUGCUAUUUGCUUCUGUUAGACACAUUAGUACUGUUAUUGUUUUCGGAUUGAUGAUCCCUGUAUCCUUUAGUCUUUUUCCACAACUUGGCAAGAUUAAAAAGGAACACCUAGAAAAAGAGUUGCAUGCCUUAACAAGCGAUGGAGAACUCUUUUACCACAGAGGACUGUAACCAGCACAUCAGAACCAACACUGGCAAGAUGGUGAUGCAUCUACACCAACCCCUGUGCGUAGCAUCUUAUUGUAGACAUCCUGUGGUCCUUCCCAGUUAUAUUCCUGCUUAUGAUUUCAUCUAAAGGGUUUUGUACAUUGGACUGGAGAAUGCAUUUCACAAAGUUAUUAUAUACAAUAAAUCAGAAUGCUUGACAAAAAAGAUUCUAAAAGUUUGAUUUAAUAUCUGGGCAACACUGGAGUGUAUUUAACAAAAUAAUGUUGCUAUUGCUGUUAACACCAUGCAAAUGAUAAUUGCCUUAAAACUCAUAUUGCUGUUAUCAAUAUUAUUUAUGUAACCUUUUACAUUAGAGCACAAUUUUGAUAUUAGUGAUCACUGCUAUGUAACUGAUGGUGAGAAAAACAGCAUAAAAUGAUAUUGUAUCUGAACAUUUAAGAAAAGUACAUAUAGAAUAUAUAUAUAUAUAUAUAUAUUUUUUAAAGCACACCCUAUGAAAGCACUCUGUAUCUUUGUGUAGUCCUGGUGUAUUCCGGCACAAGACAUCACAAGUAAUUUAAGGCCAAUUAAAGGUGCUCCCCUUUAAAGACAUUUUUA